UGAUGAAUAAUCAAGCUGUUUCGGCGUGUCCUGUACGCUUCGAGAUCUUCUACAGACGUAGCGUCGAGGUGCGACAUAGUCCACUGAAGCAUUCGAGCUCUUCCGAUUCUUAUAUCCAAUGCAGUGUCAUCCGUGUGCACGACUUGCGCGGCGUACUCGAGCCGGGCAUCGACUUCGACACCGACAUGCGGCAAUCGACUCUGUUCUACGCCGUGACCCCGCUACCGAACGCAGAGUCAAACGCAUACGUCAAGUUUUCGUGCACCAGAGAACUACCGACUGUCCUGA